GCAAAUCAUUCCCACUAAACUGUGUCUAUUUCAUCAAUAUUAGCUGUUUCCAGUUGAGAAUUACUAAAACUAAGUUUAAACGAAAUGGAUAACCAAAAUAAGAAAACUCUUUUGGAUGUGUAUCACAAAGAAACGAAAUCCCAAAAAGACAUAUUCACAAUCCUCGAAUUCAUCUUCGGAAAGAAGUUUACCACAAUCAACGGACAAAGAAUCUUCGCUCCGCGCUCUGGCGAAACCAAAAACGUGGACACUUGCGAAGUCUUCGUCUGCCAAUUGCCGCGAAACAUCUUCGAGGAUAAACUUCUCUUCCUGUUUUCCGCCGUCGGUCCGAUCCAGGAGAUGCGUCUGAUGCUCGAAUUCUCCGGCUACAAUCGCGGAUUCUGCUACGUCGUCUACGAAACGCCAGAACUGGCGCGAAUCGCCAUCGAAUUCCUGCACGGAUUAAUUUAUUUCGGCAACAAAUUAUCCGCCUACGCGUCCGUGGAUAAUAGAAAAUUGAAAUUAACUAAACUCCCUAUGAUGAUAACAGAUGAACUAAUCAGAGUCGAGUUGAGAACUAAAAUGGAAGAUGUUGUUAGCAUUGAGAUCUACUAUGAAAAUUGCGAUAGAACAGCUGUCGUUAAGUUUCUUACGCACGGUAAAGCCAUGAAAGUUAGGAAGCAAUUUUGGCCUAAUAACUUGUUGAUUUGGGGUCAGAGGGUUAACUUGGAUUGGUGUAAACCGGAAAGAAGCAUGGUUCUUAGAGCCGAAUCGAGUCUCCUCAUCAGUAAUUUACCUUUGUACGUCAGCGAGCGUUCUGUGUUGAAAUUCGUUGCGAGGAUCGUGAAGAAGGAUGGAACCGUUAUGGAGAUUAAAAAACUUAAUGGUAAUAGUUUUGUUAUAGAAUUUUUGCAGAAUUAUUACGCGAGGAAAGCCUUCGCCCUAUUGGAAGGAACUUCUUAUGGUAACAAGAAACUUUCCAUUGCCUGGAAAACAAAUUUCAAUUAA